AUGGUCGCCAUACCUACUCUCUCUCUCCUAUUGGUGCUGGUAGAGUGGGCAGGUCCGCUGGACGCCUCCCCCCACCUCCUGCUCCGGCCCAGCCCGCGGGAGCGCGAUGCCGGGGCCAUCAUGAACUUCAACAUAGCGGUGAUCCACGCCGGAGCCACGGUGCAGGCCGAGGCGGCCGUGGCUGGGCCCGGGGGGCGGGUGCUGUACCCGGGCUUCGGUCGGGUCUACGGGUCUUUAGGAGAGAGUGUGGUCACCCAGUGGGGCUCUGCGAACGUCAUCUGGCUACAGGUGAAUGACAGUAGUCCAAAGACUGUGCUGUCCCAGCUGUGUGAGCUGCUGGCUGCACGGCCCCUGCAGGGUCUGGUGUAUGAAGAGGAGAGGCCCCCGCGCACAGCCUGGGGCCCACUGGCCCCGAUGCUGGAGUUUGUCUCGGCCCAAACGGGACUGCCCAUAGUGGCAGUAGGAGGGGGAGCUGGGCUGGGGAGGAUGCCUCAGGAGACAGGUUCCAUCUUUCUGCAGUUCAGCUCAUCCACGGCGCUGCAGCUGGAGGUCAUCUUCGAGGUGCUGGAGGAGUACGACUGGACCGCCUUCUCGGUGGUCUCCACGCGUCACCAUGGAUACCAGGACUUCCUGUCGGUGGUGGAGGGCCUGACGGACGGCUCGUUCAUCGGCUGGGAGAAGAAGAGUGUGGUGAUCCUGAACGUGACCGAUGACCCAGGGGGGGCUCGCACGCGCAGGCUGCUGAAGGAGAACGAGGCGCAGGUGCGUUUGCUGUACUGCUCGCAGGAGGAGGCGGAGCUCGUGUUCCGGGCGGCGUGGGCGGCCGGUCAGGCGGGUGCGUCUCACAUGUGGUUUGCGGUGGGUCCCGCUCUGUCCGGGCUGAGCAUGGACAUGAUGCCCCGGGCUCUGUUCGCCGUGCGGCCGCAGGGUUGGAGGGACGAGCCCAGGCGCAGAAUCGCCCGCGGGGUGUCCGUGCUCACCCACGGAGCCGUGGCCAUGCGCAAGGAUUACGGCACUACGGGAGGGCCAAACUUUGUCACCAACUGCAUGACUGAUGCCAACCAGACCCAGAGACUACGAGGCAGGAUGAGGUAUUUCAGCAACAUCACGCUUGGUGGCAGGGACUACUCCUUCAACAGCGACGGAUACCUGGCUAACCCGUUCCUGGAUGUGAUUUCCUGGACUCCUGGACGCGGAUGGGAAGAUGUAGGCUGGUGGGAGAACGGCGUGCUGAGGCUGCGGUAUCCGGCCUGGUCCCGGUACGGCCCGUUCCUCAAACCGCCCGACGACGCCCAGCACCUCCGGGUGGUGACUCUGGAGGAGCGGCCGUUCGUCAUCGUCGAGCUCGCGGACGCCGCCUCCGGGACCUGCAUCCGGGACUCGGUGCCCUGCAGACGACCUCUCAAUGCCAGUGCGAUCCAUGAAGGCGUGGCCCCCCUGAAGCAGUGCUGUAAGGGCUUCUGCAUCGACAUCCUCAAGAGACUCGCCAAGAUCGUGGGCUUCACCUACGACCUGUACCUCGUGACCAAUGGGAAACACGGCAAGAAGAUCGACGGAGUGUGGAACGGCAUGAUCGGAGAGGUCGUGUACAAGCGAGCGGACAUGGCCAUCGGAUCCCUGACGAUCAACGAGGAGAGGUCAGAGGUCGUGGAUUUCUCUGUUCCUUUCGUGGAGACAGGGAUCAGUGUUAUGGUCUCCCGUAGCAACGGCACUGUUUCACCAUCCGCCUUCUUAGAGCCCUACAGUCCCGCUGUGUGGGUGAUGAUGUUCGUCAUGUGUCUGACCGUCGUCGCUGUGACCGUCUUCAUCUUUGAGUUCUUCAGUCCUGUGGGCUACAACCGCAGCCUGCAGACCGGCAAAAAGACUGGAGGGUCGACUUUUACCAUAGGGAAGUCAGUGUGGCUGCUGUGGGCCAUUGUCUUCAACAACUCUGUGCCAGUGGAGAACCCCCGAGGAACCACCAGUAAGAUCAUGGUUCUGAUCUGGGCCUUCUUCGCUGUCAUAUUCCUGGCCUCUUACACUGCCAACCUGGCCGCCUUCAUGAUCCAGGAGGAGUACAUCGACACUGUGUCCGGCCUCUCCGACAAAAAGUUUCAGCAUCCGGAGGAGCAGUACCCUCCUCUAAAGUUUGGCACUGUGCCCAAUGGGAGCACAGAGAAGAAUAUUCGCUCCAACUACCCAGACAUGCACCAGUACAUGGGCAAGUACAACCAGAGGAGGGUGGAGGAGGCCAUCAUCAACCUCAAGACUGGGAAACUAGAUGCUUUUAUUUAUGACGCUGCUGUGUUGAACUAUAUGGCCAGGAAGGACGAAGGUUGUAAGGUGAUGACCAUAGGCUCGGGGAAGGUAUUUGCCACCACAGGCUACGGUAUCGCCUUGCACAAGAACUCACGCUGGAAACGUCCUCUUGACCUGGCUCUGCUGCAGCUGGUGGGAGACGAUGAAAUUGAAAUGCUGGAGCGUCUUUGGCUGUCUGGGAUCUGCCAUAACGACAAGAUCGAGGUGAUGAGCAGUAAACUGGACAUUGAUAACAUGGCUGGGGUCUUCUACAUGCUGCUGGUGGCCAUGGGGCUCAGCUUGCUGGUCUUUGCCUGGGAACACUUGGUUUAUUGGAAGCUACGCCACUGCAUAGCCACUAACUCUGGGAAACUGGACUUUCUCCUGGCCAUCAGCAGGGGCAUGUAUAGCUGCUGUAGUUUUGAGGAUGAAACUGCACCAGGCGGCCCAAAGACUCUGCCCUCUCAUCACCACGCCGCCAUGGUGACCGUCCCGUCCCAGGCUCACGUUGUGUCCACGUCUAUGACCAGCCCGGCCCUGGCUCUGACCCAGCAGCAGCCGCCUCCGCAGCAGCAGCCCCAGCCUGUCUACAAAACGCCUCUGCCCGGCUCCCCUCCCACCGUGCUGCACUCGGGAUCUGCCCUCGGCCCUUCAAACAAUCCUAUUGCUGGUGCACCUCUCCCCUGCUCCACCUUCCUGCCUCGGCCAGAUCGUCGACUGGCUGUGGUAGAUCGAUGGAGGCUGCCCAAAUCUGCUACAGCAACCAAUCCUCUGGCUCUCAGGGGUGGGAUCACCGACAUGGGACCGUUUGCGCAGAAAGCCCCUUCAAACUGGCCUUCAUCUGCUGGAGGAGGCGGGGGAUUGGAUGGCUAUAAGCGCUACUAUGGUCCCAUUGACCCUGAGGGACUGGGGCCCUGCAUGGAGCAGCAGGCAGGGUCCCAGACCCCCAAGACUAUCCCCCGGGGCCACCCCCAGCCUCCCCCUGCCAGUGUGGCCUUCUACUCAGAGAAGGGCUUGGACCAUGGGGUGGGGAAGAGGGCUUUGGGGGGUAGCAGUGGAGGUCAGGGAAAAGGGGGCACUAAACCCCUGGCCACGCCCAGACUGCCUCCGAAGAGCCAGGCCCCUCUGCCCCCCACACCUCCACUGCCACACCCCUCGCCCCCUCUCCCCUCAUCCUUCUGGAGGAAACGAAGGCCCAAGAAGCCCAAAGAGCCUGGAGGGCCGCUCUAUGAGAACAUUCUGCCUCUGGGACGGAGGGGCGGGGCACGGGACAUUGUGAGGGAGGGAGGAGCGAGAAAAGGACGACCCUUGUCUCCUCCCCUCUCACUCCCAAUGCCUGUGCCCCUCAGCCCCACUUACACCCCUCCCUCCCCUUCAGCGUCCCUGCACUACACCACCACCUCCUCCUCAUCCUCCUCCUCAUCCUCGUCCACGUCCUCCUCCGCCUCCUCGUCCCGCUCCACCUCUCCCACGUACUCCUACAGCUCAUCCCGCAGCACACGGGACCGGACCGGAGGAAUUGACGCCGAGGAUGACGAUGACGAUGAGGAGUUGACGGAGGAGUCCAGCCUUCUUUUAGGGAGAGGGAGGGAAAGAGAACGCUCGGUUAUACGGCCUCGAUCCCUGAGCCACGGGCGCCUGCCGCCUCCUAUUCCUCCCAGGAAACCCCGCACGUCCUGGGGCGACAGAGAGAGGGAGCGGGAGAGAGACAGGGUGGGGAGCCAACUGUCCCAACUCCAAGAAUGGUGGGCUAGUUGGAAUGAGAGAGAGAGGGGAGGAGUGGGUGAUGCGGACAGGCAGAAACGAGAGAAAAAGAGGAGAAAGGAGAAGGAGAAAGAGAAGAAGAAAAAGAAAAAGAACAAAAAGAGGAAAAAGCGUGAGGAGCGAGAGAGGGAGAGAGAGAGGGAACGAAAGCGUAGGAAAGUUAAGAAGAAGAAAAAAAAAGCUAUCAAGACGAAAAAGCAUAAAAAAUCCACCGGGGGGAAGCGCAGCGAGAAUGAGGAGGGCGAUUACAGGAGCACAUUUGGAGAGAAAGUGCGUGAUUCGUGGGACGGGGACAGGGCCAGGAGGGAAGGGCCUGACGAGGGCAAUGAUAGAGAGGAGGAGGACAGCAGCCGGAGCAGAGAAAGACGACCAAAGUCCUCACGCUCCACACACCGCACUCCCAAACGCUACCCAAACCUCAACAAACUCCCCGCGUCUGUUAAAUUCUGGGUCAACGGGAGAGAGGGAGACUCGAAUACGACUCCAACGUCUAUCCACCCGCUUCUCCCGUCCACCAAGAGACGGAGGAGUGGAGGGAUGGACCGGGAGGACAGUGGGAGACAAGGGGAGCGGAGACCAUUAUUAAUGCAUUAUGAGAAAGAGAAAGCACAGGCCAGAGAGGGGCUGUCGUUUCCUGAGUGGGAUUCAGAGGAUGACGAUGAUGAUGAUGACGAUGAGGAGGAAGAGAGGGGUAGAAGGACAGGCAGAGGGGCAGUGUCCGAGUCAGAGAGGGACCGGGUCAGGGUAGAGGACAGUUAUUCGGAUGAGGGCUCGUCAGGUGAGUUUGGACGUUUUGAGAGGUACUGGGAGGGGGGCGCAGGGGGCAGUAGCUCUGGGAUUGGGGGAAUAGGUGGAGGAGGUUGGUUCUUCGGAACGUACCCCUCCAGAGAGAAAGGGGGCAGUGUGAACAGCAGAGACGACUCCCUGCUCGGCACUCGUGCAGAAGGCUGGAUUGGGUCUGAUUUCUGGGGGUCCGGACCAGGUGUGGGCUGGGGGUCCGGAGGAGGGAGCGGCGGCCUGGGGUCGCAGUGGCCGCCGCCCCCCACAGCGUUCCCACCGCCGAGACGAUACUGGUCCAUGGACAAGAUCCCAGUGAAAGGAGAGAAGCGGUGGAAAGGUGGGAAGGGUAAGAGAUCUCGGGACAGAGAUGAGCCGGGACGAUCCACCAUGUGCUCCUGCAGCCUGUACCCCCACCCGCACCCCUACCCCCACGCCCACGGCCGCUCGCACACGUCCCACACCAAGAGAGGAGCCACCACACCGUCCCACAGCCAGGAGGAGCUCCUGCCCCACUGUCACAGCUUCAGUGGCGGGUCUCGACCCAAGCCCCUCCCCCCAAAACCUGACCCAAGUCAGUCCAAAUCAGGCAGCCAAUCUAACCUCAGCCUCGGUGCGCAGCCCGCUGACCAUCCGGCUCAAGCCUCUCCGUCGCCCCCUCAGCAGCCCUCCCUGUCCCCCACGUCGCUCCCCAUGCCCAUCCCCCCUCCCCCCUCGUCGGCCUCCGUCUCGCCUCCUCCGGGGGUCGGGAUGGUGAGCCAGGGACAAGCUCCGGCUUCAGCCAGUGCCAAACUUCAGUACCAGAGACUGCGCUCUGUGCCACAGCCGCGGAGGUUUUACUCCCCUCACCUGCCGCUCAAAGCCAAGAGCCUGUGCUCCCGCAGAGGCUCCGCCCACUUCUCCAGCCUGGAGACCCGUGACAUCAGAGACGUGGCUGCCUUGGUGACCCUCGGAAAUCAACUAGCAACCAUCACUUCAAGAUCAGACCCGGAUUGUAGCUCCGUCGCUGGGACCAGUGUGAGCCACAGCGUUCCCACACGGACCCUUGUACGUGUUCUGGUGAGAGCCACAGUGCGACGCCACACCCAGAUGAGCUACGUCCGCUUGGAUGGUUCCCAUGACGAUGAGAGCGAAGGGCGCGUGCUGCGAGCCUGCCGCACGUCUCUAAUCAGUCCCUGCAGCAUGACUCCGGCGCUCCCUUGUUCUCCUCUGACUGAUAGACCUUCUCACGGUUCUUUUUCUCAUUCCAACUCCAAACUCCAGGCGUUGGUUUCUGCGAGACCCGGGAGGCGACGGCGCGUGUGGUACUCCCGAAUUCAAACAGGGUCCUCAUUGGCUAACACGGCCAUGAAUUAUAUCACGGAAACACACGGGCGUGCCAGACGUCAGACGCCGACCGGGCCUAUAGCUGCUGCCGUUUGA